GAGAAACGCUCUUCUGGGAUUCUCUUAGCUUAUCCAAACAACGCUUUGUUCAUCAGCCCUCUCUCUCUCUCUCUCUCUCUCUCUCUCUGCCUCUUUAUUUGACCUAAAAUCAAAGCCACAGACCCAAGUUUGGCUUUUUCUCGUCCUCUUUUUCGUUUCCCUUUGCCAUUUGUUCAACAUUGCUUAAUGGAUUAUUAGUCGAUUUUGGUGAAGAAAACGGUAGAAACCAUGAAACUUUGAACUUAUUAGACGAUGCUCUUUUGAAGCUAAGAAAAUGGGUGGUUGUGUCUCUACGAGUAGCCAUAGUACUAGUAGUAGCCAGAGCAAUGGGGAAUCAGUGUCUUCCUCAUGUUUGGGAAUUGAAUUUCGAGGUCGAAAACGAACGAAACGAACAUUCUCCGACCAUGUUUACGCUCUUCAGAAGCUCUCUUCAGCUUCCAACAGGAUCUUCAUGAACGGGAAGAGUCGUUGUUCGUGCAUUUUCACGCAACAAGGUCGCAAGGGCAUCAACCAGGAUGCCAUGGUUGUGUGGGAAGAUUUCAUGUCGGAGGACACGAUCUUUUGUGGCGUGUUUGAUGGUCACGGACCUUACGGCCAUCUCGUUGCUCGAAAAGUUAGGGAUACAUUGCCUAUAAAGUUGCUGUCAUUCUUCCAGUCUCCUCAGUUGAAGCAAAAGAACUCUGCUCAAACAUGUUUCCAGAGGAAUUUGAAGACGCCUCGAGAAUGUGACGAUUCUGAGAAGGAUCGUUUUAUCGAGGACUCACUGAAUUCGGUAUGGAGAGAUGCGUUUUUGAACUCGUAUAAAGCUAUGGAUAAGGAGCUGAGAUCACAUCCUAAUCUGGACUGCUUUUGUAGUGGCAGUACUGCAGUCACCAUUGUUAAACAGGGGUCGAAUCUGUUCAUGGGGUAUAUCGGAGACUCUCGUGCAAUACUUGCUUCAAAGGAUGCCAAUGACUCGACUGUGGCGGUUCAAUUGACUGUCGAUCUUAAGCCAGAUUUGCCGAGAGAAGCUGAAAGAAUCAAAAGGUGUAAAGGUAGAGUUUUUGCAUUGCAAGAUGAGCCUGAAGUGUCAAGGGUAUGGUUACCUUUCGACGAUGCGCCUGGUUUAGCUAUGGCUCGAGCAUUUGGCGAUUUCUGUUUGAAAGAAUAUGGAGUUAUCUCUAUACCUGAAUUCUCUCAUCGAAUGCUCACCGACGCCGAUCAGUUCAUUGUUCUUGCAUCAGAUGGGGUAUGGGAUGUGUUGAGCAAUGAAGAGGUGGUUGAAAUAGUGUCCUUGGCCCCGACUCGCUCGUCUGCUGCGAGGUCUGUGAUUGACUCUGCUGCUCGUGAAUGGAAGCUCAAAUACCCCACCUCGAAAAUGGACGACUGUGCUGUCGUCUGCUUGUUUCUGGACGGGAAGAUGGACUCUGAAUCCGACUGUGAAGAACAAGGCUUCUCAUCUGCAACAUUGCGGAGUAAUCAUUCGGGUACUGCUGUCGAAUCCGAUGAUGGCCAGAGGUCCGAGCCAUGCUUGCAAAGGAACAACACCGUCAGAUCAUCAGAAGAUGGCAGUAGUUUUGGAGGAUUACCAGUCGACGACGGGGAGACCGGUGAUGCUGUACCUGCAGACGAUCAAAACUGGUCGGGUUUAGAAGGAGUCACUCGAGUAAACUCGCUUGUUCAACUUCCUAGAUUCUCUGAUGAAAGGCCAGUGUCAUAGGUUACAGGUUUGUGCAGCUACAUUUUUGCCUCCAAGGCAAUUCAAAACAUGUCGAGUAUCAGUUUCUAUGCACAGAACGAAAAUGAAAUAACUCGACUAAACUCAUCUCGAACGGACGAAGAUGAAGAACUCGAUAGUUCGGCUGUUCCGUUUAUUAGAACAAUCAUUCAGAGAAGACUUGUCUGGGAACAAAAGUUUAUUUAAAAUGAUGAUAGCUUGCACAUUGUUUCAGAUAA